UAUAUAUAUAUAUAUAUAUAUAUAUAUGUGUGUGUGUGUGUGUUCCAUAUAUUUUUUAAUUUUUUAUUGUUCGAAGAAUGUUACGAAAUUCUUUCAAACGCAUUCAACAAUUUCUCAUAAUAAUUAAUGAUACAUUCCACUUGAACUAAGUUUACGUCACUCACAGACACAUAAUUAGUAGAGAAAGGGUAGUGAAAAGUACUUAAAUGAAUUUCAGUAAUAAAUUGUAACAGAUCGUAGAUUUUAAGUAAAACUAACAAAUUUUCAUAAGAAUGCUAAAAUGUUAAAUCAUUAUUGUACUUAUAAUAAUAUGAAUAAAUUAAUUAUGAGUGACGCUAUGAGCGUGCCUUCUAAUUUUUAAUAGUAUUACAUAUGUACAAAGAAAAGAUUGCUCUCCUUCCUUCGAAUACUUUAAUAUUAAUGAUAUCUAUAUGAUUAGCACGUAUAAAAAUCGUGAAACCGCUGAUGAUAUUUUAGAAAAUUUAUUUAAAAUCUUUCCGUAUUUGGAUCUUGUAACAUUCUCUCUCUUCUAACAUUUUGAAAAGUCUACGAAUCGAUGUUGUCACGGUGGAAAUUUAAUUGUUCGUCUCGUUCUCGUUAAUUCUAACAGCACUUCUGCUUGAAAUAAUAACAUCCUGUUUAGUAACACUGUGACACACCGUGUAUCCAAGGAAGGACUUCAGUCGGUUAUUGUAUUACUUAAAUUCGAAUACGGAAUGUGCGAGCAGUUCUUUGAAUGCGAAACUCGCGCAAGGAACAAACUGAUAUUUCGCUGAUGUCAUUUAUUGUGUUACAAUUUUUUAUCUUUUUGCGGAACUUUACUAAGCAAUCGAUACCACAGUAAUAGUAGACGUUAUCAUCAGGUUCAUUGAAAUGUUAAUACUAAGUAUAAUAAGUAUAUUGUUGUUGUGGAACAACAGUUUGGCAGAAUGGAUAGACAUGCCACAGUUCUCCGAUGAAAAUAGAAUAUACAGAAUACCAUCCUCGAAACAGGAUCAUUAUUAUCAAUUUUCCCCAACAAUCACAGAAGGUCAAUCAUCGCGGAAAGAUCUGUACGAAGAAGUAGCAGCAGUUAACGGAAACGAAGGAUCUCUACUAUCGCAUCGAUUCGAAGAUUCUGAUAGUGAAACCACGACGAUUCACGAGUAUACCAAUGAAGAAAAUUCGUUUUCAACUAGUUCCGAAAAACAAGAAAAGACAACCGAUUCCUCGAUAGCGGAUAAAAACAAUUCGAACACAGAAUAUUACAAUGGAUCCUUGAUCUCGAACAACGUAGACAUACUAAAAUAUUUACCGGUAAACGUAUUGAAAACUGUUCAUCAGAUUUUAAAAUCGCAGUCCACGUCUAGCGAGGGAAAACUCUUGUUCUUGAAAAUAUUUGAACAAACGUUGAUAACUGAAAUAGAAUCACGUCUCGCUCAGACUGUAACAGGUAGCCGACACAAAAGAGGAACCGAACAUUAUGAUCUCGGUUACGACUCUCACGACAACGCCACAGGAUUUCCGUCCAUAGAAGGUGCAUUGAUGGCUAUUUCAUUCCUCACGUUUGCUGUAUAUCUUGUUCGACUAGUAAUGCUUUUAUUCAGAAAUAUGAAUAACCCUGCACCCACCCCAACCGGUGCCACGUUACUCCUCGGCAGAAGAAAAAGGAGAAGAUCUAUAAACAUACUUGACGAAGAGACGGUUAAGAUACUCAGCAGCAUGGAUAAAUUCAUCUGAAAGAAAAAAUGCAUAGUAGCUGUACUAGUAACUUAUCACCGCGAACAAAUUCUUCAUUUAUCCGAUGUAACUUUGUGGUGAAUAUUUCUUUACGUUUCUUACCCAAGUUUACAAUUUGGCUUGCACAGUUAGCGGCGUUGCGGACAAUAAUACUGUAUCACGAUAUGAACCCGGUGGUCGUUUCAACGAAAGAUUAUGCAAUUCUCCAAGAACUAACCCUAAUCGAAUUUUGUCGACAUGGUAGGUGUUUGGUUUUUCUGAUGGUACCAGAAUACUUUGCAAUAUGAGAUUGCUUAUCGAUGUGGAAAAUAAAUCAAGAGAUAAUGAA